CGUACACACAACGGUAUGAAGGUAUCCCUGCUUCUUCUUCUCGCGGGCACCGCGAACGCGACGCUCUCGUCCCAGUGCAGCGGCCAGCAGUACAACACCGACCUCCCGGGCGACGUGAUUGCCAAGAGCUACCGCUUCUUUGCGUCCGAGUGCUGCACCGACUGCCAAAACACCGACGGCUGCGCUGCCUAUGUCCACUAUUACGGGACGUGCUAUCUCAAGGCGAGCACGGGCACGGCGCGGAGUCUCUGGGGCGCAACGUCGGCGACGCUCAAGUCGACCGCACCCUCGAGCUGCAGCCGGCUCCAAGCCGACACGUACUACUGGGGCGCGGACGUCGGGUCGACCUUCCGCUUUACGCCCGCGGGCUGCUGCGCCGACUGCGACGCCAACCCGCGCUGCGAACGCUUCACGUCGUACCUCGGCUGGUGCAUGAUGCACAGCAAGGACGCCGUGCGCUACAACGGUGUGUGGGGUGCGACGUCCGGGUCGCGAUCGCUGCCGAGCCCGACGCCGAGUCCCUCCACAGCCAAGCCCACGUACCCGCCGACGCCAAUGCCGACCAAUGCUCCUACCCAAGCCCCUACAGUUGCCCCGACCGAUGCACCGACGCAGGCGCCCACUGUCGCCCCGACCGAUGCUCCUACCCAAGCCCCUACGGUUGCCCCGACCGAUGCCCCCACGCAAGCGCCCACGGUUGCCCCGACCGAUGCCCCCACGCAAGCGCCCACUGACGCUCCGACGCAAGCGCCCACGGUCGCCCCCACGGCUGCUCCCACGGUCGCCCCGACGACAGCUCCUACGGCUGCACCGACGACUGCUCCUACGGCUGCUCCGACCGUUGCCCCGACAACUGCCCCGACCGUCGCUCCUACGACUGCCCCGACGGUGGCGCCCACGACGGCCCCGGUGUGCGCCCGCACGCGUAAGUCGUGGGACUCGUACUCGGAGACGGAGAAGGCGACGUACAAGAAGGCGAUCGAGACUGCCAUGUCGAAUGGCAACUACGCUCUCUUUGCCAAGAUCCACCGCAACCAGAUGACGUGGUACGAAGCUCACGGCACGUGCGUCUUCCUCUACUGGCACCGUCGCUUCCUGCUCGGCUUCGAGAACAUGCUCCGGUCCCUCGACCCGUCAUUUGGGUGUGUCACGAUUCCGUACUUUGAUUACGUUCAAGACAGUGUGGCCUUCCGCGCCGGCGAGUGCAAGUCGGUCUCGACGUGCUCGAGCAUUGCGCGCGAGCUCACGGGCUUCCAGACGUCGUACCAGUGGAGCCGCGGAAACUGGGCGAACGCCAAGUUCACGCCCGAUAUGAGUUUUGUCAACAUCAAGUCGACCGUACUGCCGUCCGGUCAGUCGAAGACGCUCGCCGAUUUCAAGAAGCUCAUGGGCAUGGAGAACAUGAAGUCGCACGACCUCAUGCUCCUCGAGUCGAUCCAGAGCGGCGCCAACCCGAUCAAGCUCCCGCUCGACAAGUGGACGGCGAUCAACGAGCAGACAUACCACUGCCGCGGCGACGUCAAGGUCACUGAAUAGUUUUCACUAGUUUACGUACACUCGCCAAAAUAUGCCGUCCUAUCAACAUUAUCACUUUGAUUUGGGUUUCGA